AUAACAAGACUGCGUAGGACUGGAUUGGCUGGCGCUGUUUUCAUAUUUUGGUCGGAAAGGGGAUCAAAAACAUUGGAAAACUGUCGUAUCCUUGUACUUGCAUGAGAUGUCCAAAUCCCCGUUCCGACCCCUUAACAUGAGUAUACAAAUCUUUCGCAGAGGCCUGUACAGUAGGCGCCAGCCAGCCCGUAAAAUGGAGCAACCCUACGACUACAACCGCAAAUGGACGCUAACACCAAAAUUUGAGGCUAAUCCGCAUCCCAGAAUCAAGCUGCUGUCGUACAACAUACUCGCGCAGGAUCUGCUCAUGGAGCACCUAUUCCUCUACGUAAACAUCAAACAGCAAUGGCUGACCUGGCAGCAGCGCCUUCAAAGUCUACACCGCGAGAUACACAAACUGGAUCCGGACAUACUCUGCCUGCAGGAGAUGCAAUACGACCAUUUGCCCAUGCUAGUGCAGCGUUUGACAGCCAGCAGCGGCAAGCGUCUGGAGUACGUGUACAAAAAAAAGACAGGCAGUCGAACCGACGGCUGUGCCAUCAUCUACGAUGCCUGCAAACUGCAGCUGCUCGCUCAGCAGGGCGUGGAGCUCUACGAUGCGAAUGUGCCGCUGCUGAAUCGUGAGAAUGUGGCGCUGUUGGCCAAAUUCCGACUGAAGCCGGUCGGCCAGACAAAAGUCAUAAAUGAGCCCAAGGAGGUGAUCAUAGCCACAACGCAUCUGCUCUACAAUCCAAAACGGCACGAUGUGCGCUGCGCCCAGGUGACCAAGCUGCUGUCGGAGCUGCGCAGCUUUGCCAUAGAUGCCAAUGCGAAGCAGCCCGACGAAGCCUACCCAACGCCCGUCAUUCUAACCGGCGACUUUAACUCGGAAUUACAUGCGCCGCCCAUGGAGCUGCUAACGACCAUAGCUGUGGACGAUCCGGCGCUAAACUUUGAAGCAUUGGACUUUGGUGAAUAUACGGCGUCCACGUUUCAGGAUAACUGGAUCACCGUUGACUAUAUACUGCACUCGGUGUGCCCGCAGAACAAGCAAAAGCUGCAGGUGCUCAGCAUCUAUAGGCUGCCCACGAUCAACUGUUGCUCGAAUGUGGGCAACAUACCGAAUCACUAUCUUGGCUCCGAUCACUAUGCACUUGGCGCUAUCUUUGCACUGACCUAGCAUUUAACUGUCUUCCCCAUCAAUAAAGGCCACCAAAUUAACUGUAUAUAUAAAAAUAAA